AUGGAAGAGCAAUUCGAGUUUUUAAACAAAUCACCCUCAACCAAUUCAAUAAAUUGUGAUGGUUUUGAAGAAGAGGAAGAGUGGAUUCUAUUAAAUGAAGUUAUGAAUUCUCCAUUUUAUACAGGUAAUUUUGACGGUAAUGAUGAAUUAGAAGCUGUAUUUCCUUCUGAAUUUUCACUAAACUCACCUCAAAAAAUGAAAAAUGAAUAUGAAAAUUUAAAUGAAAACAUAUCAAUACUAUUAGAGGAAGAGCAAGAAGAAGAGGAACCAUAUAAACCAUAUCAAUCAUUAAUUUUAACACCUGAAUUUUUAAUAUCAUUGGAAGUUUUCUCAAAAAAUAUGAAUUGGUUAUCAAAAGAAGUAGCUGUAAAGUGUGUUCAAUCCUCUCAAAUCACAACCAAAAAAAUAAUAUCUUUGUCAAAAAGUAUAAGAAAUCAAUGUAGAGCCAUUAGUAGUAUGACAAGUUCAAACUCUUUCAUGAACUAUGGUGUACAAAUUUAA